AUGGCAGGUGAGGUGGGUGAGAAAGGCCAGUCGCCCGCCCACCUUGGCACGGAAGUUUGCUCACCUUUGGCCAACGCCCAACAUCCAAUGUCUUCUCCGUGUUCCAUUCAUACUCACAACAUCCAUACUUGCGACGUUCGCUUCGCUUCUGCAACCAAUCAUUCACCAUUACAACAACCAUUAUUAUCCUCACAGCAAUCCAUCCCUCCACAAACUCUGCGAUUGUGCUACCUCAAGCACAAAGUCCGUCGUAAAUGUCUGGGUCAACGGCAAGAGGCCUGCCAAGGCCUCGUCAACACUGACGGACGUUGGCGACGGCCAAGAGCUACGGCCAUGGCCAUGGGGGAGUGUCUUUCUUUCAGCAUCGCUAGCCAACGCGUCAAACCCACACGCCCAAGCCGGCAAGCCUUGAGUUGUCUCCCCUCCAAGGCCAAUCUAGACGACACAGACUCUAGCGGCUCCAAGAACGCUCCAUUUUCUUCUUGGUCCAACGUAGGAGUGAGACUCAAGCAACCUGUCACAAGGCUGUUGGCACGCAGGAUUGGCAUUGUGUCUGCGGUUAGUUGUUACAAGUCGAACCCUGAUAGCAACAAUACAUGGCAUGGAUGGCUGUACUAUCCUCUGAUCCCCGUACUUGACUCGCGUGUGAAUGUCCAAGACACGCGUUGGUUCUCACACAAUCCUCACGACACGCACACGUUCCCAGCCAGUUGCGGCACCGACACGGCGAGCAAAGUCCACUAUUCCCAUUUUCCACCACACAACGGCUCGCAGUUUUCUGAGGAUGAGGGUUCUGCCACGGUCACGCCACCUUCACGCCACAUGUGUCGCAAAAUCACCAGUAGGUGGACAAAGAAGAAGCAAAACCGUUUUGCUUAA